GUUGAUUAAGGCAAGGAACUUGAUUGGCCAGUAUACUGUUGAAUGUGAACUGAAAGAAGAGCAGUUGUGUAUGGUGGAUAGAGUGAUUCAAGAUAAUGAGAGGGACAUGGGUUCUGUGCAACAGAGGCUUGAAGAAUGUAGAGAGGAACUUGUGGGUAAAGAGAGGCUAUUAGGUUGCUUGCAGAAUUAUAUGACAGAAAAGUCAAAUGAGGUUGAAUUACUGCAGAAUAAAAUGAAGAGAAAGACGAAUUUGCUCUCGAAUUCUAGUUCUGAGCUCCAGCAAAAAGAGAGAGAAUUAGCCGAGGCAAGGAACUCUAUCACAGUAUGCAAUGCUGAGUGCGAAUUGGAAGAGAAGCAGCUGGGUGUGGUAGUUGGUAAGCUUCAGGUUAAGGAGAAAGUAACGUGUUCCACUCAACAUAAUUUGGAAGAAUGUGCACAGGAGCUUGAGACUAAACAGAAGCCAUUAGGUUCCAUACAAAGUACAGUGGAUUGGCUCAGGGAGAAGGUUCGUGUGAAAAGGGAAGAAUUGGAUUCUUUGCAGAAGUCUUUAGAUGAGCAGAGAAACAAAAAGCAAGCUGGAACUACAGAUGGAGCCCUUCCAUGUGAAAGAAAUCCAGAUUCCCCCCUAGAUGGGCCAUCACCGUCUUAUUUGACCGAUAGUGAGGUCUCUACUGCAAUUCGGCAGUCAUCAGACCCAGCAAGGAUGAUCAUCGACCAGAUGAAAGAGUCAAUUUUCCAAACUAAUACCAAGAAUUACAACCAAACUGUAGUAAGGAAUCACAUUGUUAUGCUGGAGCAGCUGAUGGGAGUCUCACCAAAGGUAAGUCCUGAGGUUGAAGAAGCAGCAACCAGUCUGGCUAUUGCUUGGAGGGGUAAUUUAAGACAGGCGGCUCAUGGUACAGUGGAUGUUUUGGCAUUCCUCUUGUUUUUUGCUGCAUUUGGAGUUGGCUCUCGUUUUGAAGGAGAAGAUACGUUGAAAUUUGUCGAGAUGGUUGCUCACCAUGAAAGGGCUCCUGAGUUAUGCCGUUCCCUUGGACUUUCAAAGUGGAUACCUGCUAUUUCACAACAAGUGUCCGGAUUAGGGCUGGAUCCGAGUUUCUUGAACCAGAAGAUCAUCGACCAUCUCCAAGAACUGGAGACUCGAGUUGGACGCAAAAGAAGUUGCUUGAUAGCAACUGGUCUUAUUAUACAGACGCCAAGGUAUGCUGGUGCAACUGUUUCUGGCAACAAAUGGCCAUUGCUGCAGCUGGGAAUUUCGGCAGAAGAAGGACAAAGAAAGAAGCGGCAGAAGAAGAGCUAG